AGUAUGUUCUUCACAAAUUAAGUCAAAAAUGGCUCAGCUGGCUGGAGCAGACGAGAUAGAAUCUCUGCGUAUAGAGUUAGAGCAGAUCGGAAGGAGCAUAAGAUCCUCCUUCAGAAGCUUUCGUAGCGGCUCAACGGUGAAUGCCGAUCACGAUUCCGGUGUCGACGAAGAUGAUCACGACGAUAUUGAGGAACGUAGCAGCUUACAAUGGGCUGCUAUUCAGAGAUUACCAACUUCUGAUAGGGUCACUUCAGCAUUGUUUGAUGCUAGUGACGGAAAUGAAGGCGUCAAUGAAAAACGAGUCAUCAAUGUCACCAAGCUUGGAGCUCAAGAGAGGCAUAUUUUCAUUGAAAAGCUUAUCAAACACAUUGAAAAUGAUAAUCUCCGGUUGUUACAGAAGCUUCGGAAGAGGAUCGACAGAGUUGGUGUGAAGUUGCCCACCAUAGAGGUAAGAUAUGAGAAUCUGAGUGUGGAGGCAGAAUGCAAGAUAGUUCAUGGAAAGCCCCUACCCACUCUAUGGAACACACUAAAAGAUACAAUCUUGGGAAUCACUAGGCUGUCAGCUUUAGACAUUCAGGAAGCAAAGAUUGGCAUACUUAAAGAUGUCAAUGGGAUUAUUAAGCCAGGAAGGAUGACAUUGUUGCUUGGCCCUCCUGGAUGCGGUAAAACGACGUUUCUGAAGGCGCUCUCGGGGAAGCUAAGCGACUCUCUCAAGGUUAGAGGGGAAAUAUCUUACAAUGGUUAUAAGCUGGAAGAAUUUGUUCCUGAGAAGACGGCGGCUUAUGUGAGCCAAUAUGACCUGCAUAUUCCAGAGAUGACUGUGAGAGAAACACUUGAUUUCUCGGGGCAUUGUCAGGGCGUGGGAGGCCGAGCUGAUCUAAUGAUGGAAGUCAGUAGAAGGGAGAAGGAAGCAGGAAUUGUCCCAGAUCCUGAUGUGGAUGCUUACAUGAAGGCAGUAUCAGUUGAGGGAGUGAAAAGUAACCUUCAAACAGACUACAUUCUCAAGAUCCUUGGUCUUGACAUAUGUGCUGAUACAAUGGUGGGAGAUCCCAUAAGAAGAGGAAUAUCUGGAGGUCAAAAGAAAAGAUUGACAACAGGGGAGAUGAUUGUGGGACCUGCAAAAGCUCUCUUCAUGGAUGAAAUAUCAAAUGGCUUGGACAGUUCCACCACUUUCCAGAUUAUUUCUUGUCUUCAGCAUUUCGUGCAUCUCUCUGAAGCCACCGCAUUGAUUUCCCUUCUUCAGCCUGCGCCAGAGACAUUUGAACUCUUUGAUGAUGUUAUCUUGAUGGCUGAAGGCAAAGUUGUGUAUCAUGGCCCGCGUACUCAUAUUCUUAAAUUUUUCGAAGACUGCGGCUUUAAAUGUCCAGAAAGAAAAGGUGCUGCUGACUUCCUCCAGGAGGUAAUCUCUAGAAAAGAUCAAGCGCAAUACUGGAACAUCACAGAACAACCUUACAGAUAUGUAUCUGUUGACGAUUUUGUUAAGAAAUUCAAGGAUUGUCAUAGUGGCAGGAAGCUAAGUGAGGAGCUCUCGAAGCCGUUUGAUAAGUCUCAAAGCCACAAGAAUGCUCUGUCCUUUCAAAAAUACUCUUUACCGAAAUGGGAACUGUUGAAAGCUUGUUCAAGGAGAGAAUUUCUUCUAAUGAAGAGGAAUUCCUUUAUCUAUGUUUUCAAAUCAAUACAGCUAGUCAUCAUUGCAUCCAUAGCAAUGACUGUCUUCAUUCGAACUCGAAUGGCUGUAGAUGAACACCAUACAAGUUACUACAUGGGUGCUUUGUUUUAUGGGCUUGUCAUACUUCUUGUCGAUGGAUUUCCGGAACUUUCCUUGACCGUCUCAAGACUUGUAGCACUCUAUAAACAAAUCGAGUUGGGCUUUUACCCUGCUUGGGCUUUUGCCAUCCCAGCUGCCAUCCUUAAGAUUCCAAUUUCACUUUUGGAAUCUUUUCUUUGGACUGGUCUUACUUACUAUGUGAUUGGUUAUAGUCCUGAAGCCGGAAGGUUCUUCCGCCAGUUUCUUAUACUAUUCAAUAUGCACCUAGCAUCAAUAUCUAUGUUUCGGUUUGUUGCUUCAGUCUCCCGGACUAUGGUUGCAUCCAUGACAGCUGGUAGUCUGACCAUAUUAACUGUCAUGUUAUUUGGUGGCUUCGUCAUCUCAAAGUCCUCUAUGCCUGCUUGGUUGGAGUGGGGUUUUUGGCUUUCUCCUAUGGCAUAUGGAGAGAUUGGCAUUACUGUGAACGAGUUCCUGGCCCCGCGGUGGCAAAAGGCAUCCGGAAACACAACUUUGGGCCGAGAAACACUGGAAAGCCGCGGGUUAAACUUCGACAGUUAUUUUUAUUGGAUUUCAAUUGGUGCCUUAAUUGGUUUCACAGUACUCUUCAAUGUAGGAUUUACGUUGGCUUUGACGUUCUUGAAGUCACCAGGAAGGUCUCGAGCUCUCAUUUCUUAUGAAAGAUACACUCAGCUCCAAGGGAAGCAACACGGAGACGAUACAGACACAAAGAGGGCACCCUCGGGUGCUUCUGCAACUGUGGCAGAGCCUAAAAGGAAAGGAUGGAUGGUGUUACCUUUUGAGCCUUUAACUUUAACAUUUCAAGAUGUGCAGUACUAUGUGGACACUCCAUUGGAAAUGAGACAGCGGGGGUUUGCACAGAAAAAGCUGCAGCUCCUUUGUGAUGUUACCGGUGCAUUCAGACCAGGUAUUCUGACAGCAUUGAUGGGUGUCAGUGGAGCAGGGAAAACAACUCUCAUGGAUGUUCUUUGUGGAAGGAAAACUGGUGGCACAAUUGAAGGGGAAAUAAGAAUUGGCGGGUAUCUCAAAGUUCAAGACAGUUUUGCUAGGAUAUCAGGAUACUGCGAGCAAUUCGACAUACAUUCUCCGAACAUUACUGUUGAAGAAUCAGUGAUUUAUUCUGCUUGGUUGCGCCUCUCAUCUGAGAUUGAUUCAAACACUAAAUCUGCAUUUGUGAAAGAAGUGCUUGAAACUAUUGAACUUGACGUGAUUAAAGAUAGUUUGGUAGGCGUGCCAAAUGUUAGUGGUUUAUCGACUGAGCAACGAAAACGGCUGACAAUAGCUGUUGAACUUGUGGCAAAUCCAUCGAUCAUAUUCAUGGAUGAACCAACUUCAGGUUUAGAUGCGAGGGCAGCUGCUAUUGUUAUGAGAGCAGUGAAGAACGUCGUUGAAACCGGAAGAACUGUUGUUUGCACCAUCCACCAACCGAGUAUUGAUAUUUUUGAGGCUUUUGAUGAGUUGCUUCUCAUGAAAACUGGAGGACGCAUGAUAUAUUCCGGCUCAUUAGGAAAGCAUUCAAGGAGGGUCAUCGAGUACUUUGAGAGCAUUCCGGGGGUGCCCUCAAUUAGAGACAAUCAUAAUCCAGCAACAUGGAUGUUAGAUGUCACUUCAAGAUCUGCAGAAGCCGAACUUGGCAUAGAUUUUGCACAAAUUUUCCAGGGCUCCAUAUUGCAUGAGGAGAACAAGGAACUGGUGAAACAACUGAGCUCCCCAGCUGCUGGCUCAAAAGACUUGCAUUUUCCGACCCGCUUUCCUCAGGCCGGUUGGGAACAGUUCAAAGCAUGCUUGUGGAAACAGAACUUGUCCUAUUGGAGAAAUCCUUCUUACAACUUGAUGCGAAUUAUUUAUACAACCGUCUCUUCUAUAUUGUUCGGCGUAUUGUUUUGGAAUCAAGGGCAGACAAUAAACAACCAGCAAGACCUCUUAAAUAUUCUUGGUUCCAUGUUCUGUGCAGUAAUCUUCUUUGGCAUAUUCAAUUGCUCAAUGGUUCAACCUUUUGUUGGAAUAGAGCGGAAUGUUCUCUAUCGGGAAAAAUUCGCGGGAAUGUACUCUUCAUGGGCCUAUUCAUUUGCUCAGGUGGUUGUCGAGAUCCCAUACCUGUUUGCUCAAGCAGUUAUAUAUGUAAUCAUCACAUACCCGAUGAUUGGUUACUCCGCUUCGGCAUAUAAGAUAUUCUGGUCAUUCUAUAGCAUGUUGUGCACGCUUCUAUUUUUCAAUUAUCUUGGAAUGUUUCUGGUGUCAGUAACACCAAAUACUCAGGUGGCUUCCAUCCUGGCAUCAUCUGCCUACACAAUGCUCAACUUGUUCGCCGGUUUUAUGGUACCGAAGCCCCAAAUUCCCAAGUGGUGGCUUUGGUUGUAUUAUGUUUGUCCGACAUCAUGGGCUUUGAAUGGCAUGCUUACUUCUCAGUAUGGAGAUUUAGAGAAAGAAAUCUCGGCGUCCGGAGAGACGAAAACAGCUGCAGCCUUCUUAGAAGAUUACUUUGGUUAUGAUCACAGCCUUUUAGGACUUGUUGCGGUCAUGCUUUUGGUCUUUCCCCUUGUAGUUGCUUCUCUUUUUGCAUAUUGUAUCGGUAGGCUCAACUUUCAGAGGAGAUAGAUAACAAAUGUUGUUCACGCUUGAGAUGCAUUCACAUUCAAGCAUAUACGUUAUUCAAUAUUCACAACAGGGCAGUAAGCAUUCUUUGUUCAGUAUUCUAAUGUAACACCAAUAUUGGCAUAAUUCUUUCCUGUUUAGAU